AUGUCUCUUUAUGAUAACACGGGGAUUCAGUACUUCAAACUGAACAAUUUCACCUUCAUAGAUCAAACAACACUUCCGAUUGCUCAAGUAGCAUAUCGAGAGUUCAACCCGACGUGCAAGAAGACUGCCUUGAUUCCAACAUGCUUUCGUGGACGAAUCAAUAACACCUGGAACUUUUCCAAGGGCGCUUUAAAAGAAUACCGGGUUAUUGUGGUCGCAUUAUUCGGCAAUGGCGAAUCCUCUAGCCCAUCCAACACGCCCAACUUUCCCUCAUCGCUCGAUUAUAGAGACUGCGUUGAAGCCCAACACAAGCUCAUCACCAAUCAUCUGAAAAUAUCUCAUUUGGAUGUUAUGGUUGGCUUUUCCAUGGGAGGCCAGUGUACCUACCACUGGGCAGCCAUGUACCCGGAGAUGGUUAGUCACGCAGUCGUAAUCUGUUCAUCAGCAAAGACGAGCUUGCACAACUAUCAAUUCCUCGAGGGGCCCAAGGCCGCUCUUUUAAACUCCAUUGACUAUGCGGAUAAGUCUGUACGGUCUCUGAAACAACCACCUAUCCGGGGUCUUCAUGCAUUUGGACGUGCAUACUCUGCAUGGCUGACGAGCGCCGCAUGGUUUGAACAACGUCUUUUUGAAUCUCAAGGCUUCAAAGAUCUCCAAGACUGGGGAGCACACAUUGGCGGAAAGAACUAUGAGGAUUGGGACCCCGAUAAUCUCUUGGUAUUGGUCGGGAUGUGGCAACGAUCGGACCUUAGUCUCAUUGGGGGUCAACAAGUUUCGCUUGCACAAGCUCUCGGUGACUUGAAAACGAGGAUACUUGUGAUGCCAUGUCAGACGGAUCAAUAUUUUAAAUGGGAAGCAAGCGAGAAGGAGGUCUCGUUUCUGGGAAAGGCAGUCUUGGCUGUCAUCCCAUCAAUCUGGGGUCAUCUUGCAGGCAGUGGAUGCAACCCGGAAGACACUCGAUGGAUGGACGACAAAAUCGCGGACUUUUUGAACUAG